AUGUUUCCUCUGUUGCCACGCUAUGUGCGGGGAUCACAGAACGUCACACAGGGUAUAUCCAUGCUCUAUGUGCUUAAAGACUCCAAGAAAAAGAGUGCCAUGGGAUCCGUGUCUACUGUGCAACUGACUCCAUCCAAGCGCGGAAAGAAUAUGAUUGCCGUCUCCACUGUCAAUGACAAAGAGUGGCACGGUAGACUUAACGAGUUCAACUAUUACACCUACAAUACAUACCUCAAGUCCGAGGUGGAUGCUCAGAUUGCAGGGGUUGUCACUGAGACUUGUAGGUACGGCCUCCCUUUUACUUUCUUCACUCCCUUGAUAGUCUGCAACAAUGAGAUCUCCAAUCUGAUUGUGCCAUACGAACAAUAUUUCAAAGACCUUAUAUCAGAGGUAAAGUCUGUGACCUUCACAGCUCUUGGGCUUAAGAACGGAGGCAUUGUAGAUAUAGGUAAGCACAUUACCGACAAAAAUCCAUCAAAGCAACCAGUCCCCGUGUCCCUAACGUUCAAUUUGGCCGGAGAGAUCGAUUUUUCUCCCAAGCUGUAUCUAACGGAAUUUAGGGAAUUGCACAAGACUCGUAGCAAGUGCACCUCUUACACGGAGAGGAUGUCUGCCCUCAAAAACUAUAUCAUAAAGACUGACGAUCUUACUUGUGUUAUUCUGACUUACACGAGCUGGGUUGACAACGCAUCGCAUAUCUACCCAGAGGGGCGCUGCGAGAUGGUUCAUACCUUUGUUGUCCCCAUAUUUAGGGACGAAGAUAAGUUUUGGAAAGAAAAUUUCCGAACGACUUAUAAUCCAUACGAUCUUGACUCUGUGCAAAAGAAGUUUGAUUUGGAGUCUCCCGCUAUAGCGGAGAAAGUUUUCAUGGCGCAGUAUGUCCACUCGGGGAAAGGAUACUUCAAUGACGACUCUCAAAGGUUUAUGCCCAAAACGUCUGGCAAGGAGAAGCCAGCGAAGGUUCCCAAAGCCACUCCAAGAAGCUCAGCUCAACCUUCUGACGGUCAUGGUGAGUAUUCCAAGCUCACAGCCUUCCAAGCCGACUACAAUUCUCUUCUUUACGCCCCUGAAAAUGUUCUGACCAGCGACCACUUUAAGCCGAGCACUGCUGCAGAGUAUGUGCUGUUCUCGACUCCAUGCGCAUCAGUGAAGGUCCUUUACAAGUAUCUCUACCUUCGUGAAGCCCUCACAGCCGCUAUUAUGAUACUUCCAGAACGCUUUCAAUGCUCCCCAGGUACCGUUUUGGCAGCCAUUUCCUUUGUGGGACAUGUGCAGUACACCAAAUGCCUCAAUCAUCGUGGGUACAACACUAUGGACUUGGUCGGUGGGCAACGUGCUAUGUUUAUGGCCCACCAUUUGAAGGUCGACCCUAACUUCUUGUUCACUGCUGACAACUCUUCGCGUGCAGAGACCUUUGAGCUUGUUACAGAAAGUGGUGGAUCCCUCGUAGUCAAGUUGGAGCGUUUCGAUAACUGUACUCUUGUCGAUGAAACAGAGGACAUCCCUGUUUUUGAGGGAGAUGGCACGUUCGUUGAAGAUCAAGACGAUGAUGAUAAGGAUAGCGUGACUAUUGAAGACUCGAUAAAGUCUAAGCCACCUGCUAAACCGGUGGUGUAUGCGACUGCGGCACCCACCAGUACUGGCUCGAAUAAUGACCUCAUAGUAGCAGAUCUGCAAGCACAACUUGAUGCAAAAGACAAGCUUAUAACUGUUAGCGCAGAGAACAUGAAGGCGGUAGAGUUGGAGAACAAGCGUCUCUGUGAAGAAAUAGCCGAUUUGCAGAAGAAGCUUGGAAUCCCUCAAACGUAUGAAGGCCGCGACCACGCGGAUAAUACAUUUAGCGAAAUGAAUCCUGCAUCUUUGUCACAGAUUACAUCGGGUCUAGGAACACAACGUGACGAGCUGCUGAACGACAUUGAUAAGGAAAUCCAGGAUCUCAUCACCAUGUCCAGGCGUAGAGACAAUGAGAUCACGGCGCUAUCUGCUCAGGUGGAGCACGGAGGAGACACAGACUCCUUGGUCAAAGAGUACUUGGAUCGCAAUAAGGCACUCGAAGAAAAGCUCAUCUCUACUGAGCAGGAGCUCGGAAACCAGAAGAAGUCAUUAGAGACGGAGCGCGAGGCUAACAAGAAGCUGCAGCGACUUCUUGAUGACCUCAAGGCUGGAGACGAUAAGGGUAAAGGAGGUGGGAAGUCUGUAGAUGAAGCUGCACUUCAGAAGCUCCGCAUUCAAUACGAAAACCAGAUGGUUAACCUUAAGAAGGAGAACCUUGAAAAGGUUCAAGCUCUCCACGUAGAGAUACAAAGACUACGCAGCACCCACGAGGCUAAGAUGCACGAAGCCAAGAAGCACUAUGAGGAGGAGCGCAACAAGGAGCUGCGAUCUCUUAAGCGUCGCGCCGAGGAGGACUUCAUGGCCAAGCUUACUGAGAUCAAACUAAAGAUCAAGGAAGCUUUUGCUCGACAUUAG